UAUUAAUUCUAUCCAUGUUUUCUAAUAAUGAUUGCUGUGACCAUUCGAAGUACAAAUGACUUUAACAGAAAUGUGCAAAGACUUCUCACCUGUAGAGCAAAUCAAGGUCUGUGGAUGUUAGGGUAUUUAGAUCAUUCAGGGAGUUAGUCAGACCCCACCCCCUUCCACCCAGUGCAGCAUCAGAUCCAGGUUCCUUCCUAAAGGUGGACAUUUAAACUUUUUCUUUAGAAAUUGCUCAAGGCCAUAGAACAGAAAACAUACUUCACAUGAACAAGAUGAGUGACCAGGAUGUCACUUACUCAACUGUGAGAUUUCAUAUGUCUUCAGGGUUGCAGAACGUAGUGAGGCCUGAUGAGACUCAAGGGCCCAGAGAAGCUGCCCACAGAGAGCGCUCAGUGCCCUGGAAGCUCAUGGUGAUGGUUCUUGGAGUUCUUUGUUUCCUUCUGCUGCUAACUGUUGCAGUGUUGCUGACACAGAUUUUUCAGUAUAGACAAGAAAAACAUGAACUGAAGAAAAAUCUUAACAACCUUACUCAAAUGUACAGUACCCUGCAAAAUAAAAGCUACUUAAAUAAUGAAAUAUUGAGAAAUAAUUCUCCAGAGUAUGAUGCCUCGAAACAACAGAAGGAACGAGAUUCCAUCCACAGAGAACAGAACAGAUGCUUCAGGGAAACCAAGAUGGCUUUAGAGUGCUCUCAGCCCACAGGCAAACGUGUGGAAGGACACCUGUUCUGCUGCGGCAUAAAGUGUUAUUAUUUCAUCAUGGAUAAUAAACGCUGGAGUGGAUGUAAACAGACCUGCCAGGAUUGCGGCUUAUCCUUUUUGAAGAUACAUGAUGACUGUGAAAUGAAGCUCCUUCGGGAUAAUAUGUCUCCAAACAAUUACUGGAUUGGAUCGUCAUAUAAUAUGAAUACAAAUAAAUGGACAUGGGUUGGUGGUCACCCAUCUAAAUUAGACACGAACAUAAGUAAUUUCAAUUCUAAGGAAGGAAGAUGUGUGUUUUUAUCUAAAACAAGACUAGAAAAUAUUAGCUGUGAAAAAGACUACUCCUGUAUUUGUGAGAAGAGGAUGGAUAAGUUCCUUGAUUCACUCUCCAACAAGAGUUAAAGGUAAAAAGAAAUGUACUGGUCCUGGUUUAUUUCCUGUGAAAAUUUGUGACUCUUUACAAACAAGUGUUUUCAUCACAGGACUUAGUCUGCUCUGCAAACAGAGAGAAGAGCUGGCAGAGGUUGGGAAUGGUCUCUGGAAUCUGACUUGAC